AUGGAUUGCUGCAACUAUGUGCAACCUUACCCCGGACAUGGGCAUUUCUAUCAGCAGCAUUUUUGUUAUGACAACAUGAACGGCUAUGCUGGAUAUGGUGUGGCUCCGAUUGCCGAUACGAUCGACGUUAACGCGCGAUAUGCGAGGCUACAUGCUGCUUAUCCGACAGAUUACGUGUACAAUCCGAAGGAGGCCCGAUUGCGGAAAGCAAUGCGCGAGCAGAACCGCGAAUUAUCGCGGCAGUCGGUCUUAUCUGCGCCGAUUUCAACCCCCGAAAAUUCAACAAACAACACCGGCAGUAAUUCUACACCAGUUUCAACGAAUUUUGUUAAUCUAUCAAUGACGUGUUCAUCACCAGCACCAACGGGUCAGAGUGGCUCAUCAUUGCCCGGUAGUUCUUCGUAUAAUCCUGGGAGGAUCAAUCCGUGGUUUCCAAUUGGUCAUGCGACGCCUGGAGAUCAUGUGAAACAGUUGAUUCCCUACAGAAUGAUGCAGGCCCACCAGUGCACCUCUGAUAAGGCAAAAGAUGUUUUGAGGAAACAGACGUCCCUGGCCGAGUGUGCAACAGCCUUUCCAUCAUCAACCCCAGCAUCAUGUUAUCCGGGUGAAUUUUCCCUUCACGUAUCCACUCAGCAGUCGAGAAUUUCCCCAGUUGGUAGUAACACACGGACCAAUGGAACUGGCCUCGAGAGCAACGAUUACUGUGGCAUUGGGGAAUUUACAGACGGCCAGAAGUGGCAUCCUUACCAGAGCGGUCCAACAACGUACCACUCGCGCAGUGGACCGAUGACGAAAAUAUCGACUCGUCAUGCUAUGCAAAAUGUCAACACCAUUAAUUCACAUGCACAGGGACCAUGGAAUCAAUUUUGCGGAGUGCCAAUGUCCCCGAUAGCUGCGCAGAAUCCAGUAAUCCGUAGCCCAAGGCACAUGGUACUGCUCCAAGACCAGCAGGAACGACACUGUUUCCUCGAUGAACUUCCCCUGCCCUACGUCACCAAUAAAAUUGAUCUGGGCCACCCAAGAAUGCCACCCAAUUAUUCUCAAUCCACUUAUCGGGACGCGGAAAAAUGCAUUGAUGGCACGUCGAGAUGGCAAACUGGAAAUCCAGAGCCUCUGGUGAACAAUUUGAUGAUGCACCAGACAGAGAUACAGAUUGAGGAUGCCCAGAAGCAACCAAAGACAGAGGAGGCUAAAGAUUUCACUGAUGAUGAAACAGAGAAGCCUGAUAUGGUCUCGAAACAACCUUUACCCGGUUUUCAUCAGGCGUUUGGGUCCACGGAAAUUGGAAGAUUCUCCAGAUCUGAAUUUUUUGCCAAUAUGGUCAGUGAGAAUGGAAAUCUAAUACCUGAAGGUUAUUUCUUCCCAUCCAUGAUCCCUUACCUUCAUAAAAAGCCGUCGACUGAAGAGAUUGCUGUGUCUAACGAUUGCUACUGGAUUGGACCUAUCAUUGGAUUUCCAAUGGCUAAUAUGACAAAUCCUUCGAAAUGUAUCACCUACAUGGAGUUACCCUCUCGCAUGAAUCGCGAUUGGAUGUUUCCUACUUCUAUGAUGCCCCAAGAUCAAGUCCCCAUAAUGGAGAGACCCGAGUUUUUCUUUCAUGACAAUUAUCCCCGUUUUAAUGCUCCCGAACGAGUGCAUUUCAAGGAACAAAAAUUAUCUGAAGACAUCCAGGGGAAAAGUCGAGUUAGUGAGUUCGACGAGCGCAAAGAAAUGGAAGAUGAGGAAGAUGAUCAAUUUAUUAAUGUGGAUGAUGAUUGA